AUGACCAACCAGUCGAAAUGGGGCCUGCUCAAGGCCUUGGAUAGUCGAUAUAUCUACGGUCGUGUGCCAUUGCUACAUGCCAUUAUAUUCCUCACCGAGAUUGCCGUGACCAUGAGGCUGAUAGCUAAAUUCAACACGUACUAUGCUCAGAACCCUGGUGGAAUAGCGGAUACAGUUGCACAGUCUAUAUCUGCAAUCAGUGUUAGAUGCAAGGAGCUCCCAAAGCACAGAGAUACAACCAGCUUUAUCUCGAUCGAUUUGCAAGACCUCGAGAAGGAGAAACCACCGGCUGUUGGGGAGCUAAAUUUUUACAGAAAACGCCCUGCUCCCUUUGACUUCGAGAGACUCACCCGCUUUAUGGCAUAUGGCUUCUUCAUGGCACCUGUUCAGCACCGGUGGUUCAAAUUCUUGUCUCACAUAUUCCCAGUUACCCAAGCCCAUGCCACCGUUCCGGCUCUUAAGCGUGUUGCCAUGGACCAACUUAUUUUUGCUCCAAUCGGUCUGGCAUGUUUCUUCACAUUCAUGACCGUGGCAGAGGGCGGUGGCCGUCGUGCUCUGUCUCGUAAAUUCGAAGACGUUUACCUUCCGACUUUGAAGGCCAAUUUUGUGCUCUGGCCAGCCGUUCAAAUCAUGAACUUCCGUCUGAUUCCUAUUCAGUUCCAGAUUCCAUUCGUUUCGUCGAUAGGAAUUGCCUGGACUGCUUACUUGUCACUCACCAACUCUUCGGAAGAAGAGUAA